CAUUGUAGAGAAAGCAAUCAUGGCUGAAAGAGGUGGAGAUAGCGGAGCUGCUAAAUCUUCAAAUGAUGGCGAGGACCCAGUGAUUGAGACCGCUACAGAAGCUAAAGAACCUCCACCUCCAGAUGUUGUUCAGCUUUGCAGAGAGACUUUCCAGAAAACGGCAGAAUACUUAAGAGGAGAAAUGGAGGGAACAAUUGAGGAUUACAAAUUGCUGGAAAACAUGAAUAAAAUCACAAUUGCCAAAUACUCAGAGAUGAAGAAUUUGGCACAAGACAUAAGUACAUCACUUCAGGAACUGAAUGAUAAAUAUAAAACACUCCAGCCUUAUCUAGAACAAAUUGAUCAUAUUGAAGAAAAUGUUAGUAAUUUGGAGCAAGCAGCUUACAAACUAGAUGUAUACUCGAAAAGAUUAGAAGCCAAAUUUAGAGCCUUGGAGAAAAGAUGAUUGAAAUGAACUUGGGAGCAGUUACGAUUUGAAGGACCAGUCCAACCAAAAAAUGAUUUUGCGAAUCAAUUGAUAAUCAGGUUUAAGUAAGAUACUUGAAAUAUAUUUAAAUGUUGGGUGUUGGAGUCAGAGGAAACUCGGACUAUCCAGUUCAGUAUCCUGGCAUGUCAAAAUUAAAAAAAGACUAUUCCAGUUAAAUAUCUAUCAAACUGGAGAACUCCAGAUUUGUCAAAUAGGGACCACCCAUCAAUUUUAUUCAAACAAUAAAGGGUACAGUUUUGAGGCAAACCAUAAGCUACCUAGAUGUUCAUCCAGCAUCCGACACAAGAUCCUUGGAUAAUAAAUGGACAAAUAUGUCUCUUACACUUCCAACACUAUAAAACUCAGUAUAUAUCUCAAAAUGGUGCUCUGUUCCCUUCAAAAGGAGACCGCUAAACUGAAAAUUGUGUGAGGAAAUACUGUGUGAUCUAGUAUAAUAAAUCUUAAUUGGGUGUAUUAUACAUGUUGUAUAUGUAUAAUUUUGAUGGUCAUGCAAUUGUAUAAUUAUGUUAAUGUACAUGAAUUACUUGUCAUACUUGAUAAUGUCUACUCUGUUCUUACCUUUAUUUACAAAAUGGCAUCAAAUUUAAGUACAGACGAACUUUGAUAUCCUGAGCCCGUAUUACAUGGAACACCUGGCUUAACUCCACAUAAAAUUGAGUUCCAAUGGUGAAAGUACUAUAUAAUUGGUACUCUGUUACUUCACAGGGGCAUGACUAGUCUUUAAAUAUGAUAGAAAAAAAAAAAAAAACAGAAAUACCUCGUAUAGAUAUUUCUGUCUAUUUGUUUUCAAUAUAAGACUAGACAUGCCCCUGUGGUUACCUAGAUUAUUCAGGUUAUAUUAGGAAUUUUUUUCAUGUCCAAACUAGUUGACUUUAAGAUAACAAGGUUUGACUGUAUAACUGUCUGAUUCAAAUAAAUAUCUUAUGUUGUAAUCUGCUUCAUAAAGCUAUGAAAUUAAUAUUGGAUAUAGCUGUGGUGGAUAUGUGGACAUCAACGAGAUAUCUUCGACAUGUUUUCAUUGUCGUAAAUUAAAGAUCUUUGAACAAACAUAUUUCUUUUUGAAACAACCAUUUUGAAUAUUGCUAGGGUGAAAAUUUGGUCUUUGAAAAAUGUUACUUUUGCAUUACAUUCCAAUAUCAACAUUUAACACAAAAGUAUUUUGUCUUAUGGUAUGUGAUGUUUUCUUAUUUUCAUAAUAAGUAUUGCAAGAUAAUAUAUAUCAUUAUCUUAAAAUCUGGUUUAUUAGGCCAGACUAGAAACACUUUAUAUACUUUUCAAAUCUGUACUGACAUCUGGAAUGGCAAUUAUGUCUGUCUGUUAUUGAUUAUUGAGUUUUUGUAGAAAUUCAUUCAAAAAUAUUGAAUUCUUGGUGUGAAUGUUCCUGUUGGGUCAUGCCAUGAUACAGAUUUUGGAAAAAUGAACUACACUGUACAUGUAUUUUUUUCUUUUUUUCUUUUUCUUUUUUGCUGUAACAUUAAAACUGUGUGAUGAAUUUUCAGAUUGAUAAGGUUUUUCUCCUAAUUUUAUGAUUUAAUGUACACGUUGAAAAGUCCGAAAAGAGAAUCUUUUUGGAAUUUUGAUUAACUUUUGGUUGGGCUAAAUUUCAUUGUUUUUGUUCUAUAUUUAAGUCCAAGCUUGUCAUAUUACUGUCUUAAAAUUUUCAUUAUAUCUUUUUAAUUAAGUCUCUGUCAGAGGAUUGGUAUAUAACAGCCAUAUAUAUAUAAUACUCUGCACACUGGAUAUUGCUUUAUAUCAUAUUGCAUUUCAUUUAUAACUGUUUCACAAGAUAUAAGAAAUUGGCUUUAUGAUACAAAAUUCCACAGAAACAAAGACAUUAGUGCAAUAUGAGCUGAUUGUUAUUGAUUAAUGAAUUAACUGUAUAAUAAUUUAUUGAAUAAAAAUUUUAAAUGUGA